GCCGAGGUGAUGGAGGUGACAGAGGUGAAGUCUUCCUCCUCCAGGCCCUCGUGAGCUGUUGAACCACUAACAUGGCGUCAUCAUUGGGUGACACAGAGGAGCGUCUUACAGGAAGAAACAAAAUACAAAAGCUUUUAUUCCUCCUCUCAAGUUGACUUAUUCUUGAGAAUGCCAGGAGAAGAAAAACUUGCAGGGAGAACAAAAUUAGUGGCCAGAGACGGUUGUGUUGUGGUUGUUGGUGAUGCUAACGGAGGAACACCUAGUGAUCGUGGACAGUCAUUCUCAAAGCUGAAAGAAUCUUCAAAUGCCUUUAAACUGUCACAUCAUGGAGGAAGACUGAGGACGAUUUUGUCAUCGACCACUGCUUUACUAAGUGACCAACAGAACUCAGUAAUUCUAAGCCCUAAAAGUACAGAAAAUAAGACAGAAGGAACACAUGAGGAUAAAAUGCAUUUACCUGGAGAUGGUUCUGACUCAGGUGAGAUUCUCUUUAUGGGAGUUACAAAGAAACUUUCUUUCCUUUUUAACCCAGUACAACAGCAGAUCAAGAAGGCCUUGUGUAAAAUACUUGGAGUUACUUGUGAAGGAAAUAAAUUAGAGAAGCAUGUAGUACCUUGUGAGUUAGGCAUUCCAAAAAAAAUCAAGCCUAUUGGGGAAAAGGGGGACUGUUUCUUUAGAGCCGUGUCUUAUGUUGUUUCUGGAACAGAAGAAAAUCAAUCGAUCGUACGAGCUGCUGUUGUGAGAUUUAUGCACACAAACCAAAAACUCGUUCAGCCAAUGCUGAGACCCAACUACAAUUCAGUUGAAGAAUACUUAGAGCUGUCAUGUAUGGGUACAGAUGGCACCUGGGCUACUGAGGUAGAAAUAUUUGCAACUGCUCUUCUCUUACACACAGAUAUUUUUACAUUUAGAUCAGAGAAAUGGCUUAAAUUUAGUGGUGACCAAAGAAGGCAAAACAAGGAAGCAAUAUAUUUAGUGAACUUUAAAGAUGCUCAUUUUGAAGUUGUUAUAAGUGUUUCUGGAAAAAAUCAUGAUUUUAUUGUAAAAGAUGUCCAGAAGUUAACAAAAGAGUUAAACAGUGUACGUGAGCAGUUUGGAGAGGGAGCUUCACCUCUCCUUGAGAAGUAUCUUAAAGAUCAGCAAGAAAGAAACAUAGAAAGUAAGACUUGUAAAAGAGACUUGGUGAAAGAUAAGAGCCCUACUAAGAGGGAACAUAUUUGGAGGGACAAAUACAAGAGAAGACAUCUGGAAAGUACAAUAAGAGUAGAAGAAAUGAGAGAAAAACAGAGAAGGAAAACAGAGAGAGAGAGGGGAGGAGAGUGGAGGUAUCACCAUAAAAGUAAAAGAAAGUUGUAAAGUAGCAAAAGAGAUGACAGUGAAAAGAACCAGAAUACAUCAUUCAGUUUUAAAAGGAAGUAUUAUUAGUUAAGUCAGAAUAAGAUGAAAGUUUGUUAUGUUGUGUCUUAAGGGUAAUGGUUGAACCGCUGUUAGUUAUAAGAGACUAAAGAUGGACCAACCUGCAUUAGAGUCGAACUUCCCACCAUCAAAAUGUUUUAAUUGCUAUUACCACCCCCAAGUUGGUCCAAUUUCUAAUAAUGUUUUUCGAGAAGAAUUUCUAGGCAGAUAUUAAGUACAUGGCCUCACCUUCAUAUAUUGUACUAACAUUAAUUAACAGGUAAGGUCAGUCCCUACAAGGAUUUGAUUGCUUAUCUUGAAGAUAUAAUGAUUUAUAUUUUUCAGUAAAGGAAAAUUGAUACAGUAAACCUUUAUCAUUAUGUAAUACUGUAUGUUUAAUUUUACACAAUUCUCAUCAACAAAUUUGGUUGGGUUAAUGUUUAAGAAACUUAUGGUUGUACACCACCUGAAUACUGUACUGUACACCUUUCAGGUGGUUGGGGUAAGUAAAGCCUUCUAUCUCGGUAGAGUACAAUACUGUAGUACCGGGUAAAGAAAGUAUUAAGUAGUUGUUGUUAACCCUUAGGCCCCGGGUGACGUUCCAGAUUGUCUGCCUAUUUUCCCACUAAUUUUUUGUUAUUUUUAUUUAUUUAAUUUUUUCGGAAAAGUGUUUUUUUUUCUAUUUAUCCCCGCUGUGGGGGGGAGGGGGUGGAUACUGCCAGCAUCACCCUAGCCUAGCCUGGGGCUUAAGGGUUAAUUGUUAUGUACUGAACAGUAGGGUGUGACCGUUGCCCUCCAAAAAUAAAAAAAAAUGGUCCUACAAUGCUGUUCAAAGUUUUAGUGUUGUGUAUUUAUCUAGGAACACCCCUGUAACUUUUCUUGGAGAUCGGUGCAUGUUUGAGCUAGCACCGUCGGCUUUACAAAAUAACAAGGAAUUUUAUUAUCUAAUGAACAAAUUUAGUGGAAUUUCUUUUAUUAGACUUAUAAGAUAUGCUAACACCAAGCAAUAUUAUAGAUUACUACGAAAUACAAUAAUCUCAAUAAUUGCAGUUCUAGGUUCAAGACCCAUCUCUCUCAACUGGCGUACAAUAAAAAAAAGAAAUACUACUACCCCGCAAUGCCUGGAGUGUUUGAGGAGCGCCAGCAGGAGAUGGCUGACUUCUUCCAUGAGUC